AUAAAUUCACUAGAGGCUGGUAUUUUCUGUGAGUGAUCUCUGACCACCAGCUGUCUGGCACUAACACAGCCUGCUGCAAGAAUCAGCUCAGGAGAAAUGGAAAACCUAUUGAAGCUGUGUCUCUUCAUCCUCUGCUUUGAAACUGCUCUCACUUUACAGUGUGUACUGUGUCCAUCUUACAAAAACGGGGAGUGUGUUAAUGGGAAUCAGACAUGCACUGCACAACCUGGCGAAACUUGUAUGAUCCGCAGAAUCUGGAAUUCAAUUGGAUAUGCUAAACUGAAAAGUGCGGAGUUGAGGUGUACAGAAUUCUGCGAGUUUGAUGAAAAAAGUUCUGGAGGUGAAACAAUACAUACAUACUGCUGCAAUCAUGAUGAUUUCUGCAAUAGCAUUGAUUUACCAAUUGUGAUGGCUUAGUGUGAGCUAGAUUCAGGUGGCCUCAUCUGUCAUUUCCUUUCCUCCCUGUCCUUCUUUUCUUCCCUUGGGUUUAAUUGUUUUCUGGACUGGAGAUUUUUCUAAGCCUCACAAUUGCACAGAACCUUGGUAUUAUGAAAGUAUAUCUAAUUAUAUCACCUAAUUCUUAUUCGGGAUAUGCCCUAGCCCUUAUCACCAUGAAUGUAACCGACAUAUGGUUUUCAUCAAUGCAUUUAUCGUCUCAAUGUGGAUGGACAAGACAGAUGAAUAGAUAAAAGGACCAUAGAGGAUAAAGAUGCUGAAUAUCCUUCGUACAACAUGUGCUUUAGGAACUUGGUUAGUUCUCAUCAUUGUGACUUGUUGGGGACCAACUCUGGACAGCGGUGUCUUGAACCUGUGUAACCUUCCACGAUUUAUCAAGCCUCGUGUAAAUAGGAGGCUUUUAGUCUAACCUAGGAAUGU